GCCAGGGGUGYUUUUUUCAGCACAACACCCAAACCGGAAAUACGUAUCGUUUGCAACUUUUAUUUGGGUCCCGCUUUUCGGGUCCCUUUAACUCAAAUUCGCUUCAUUAUAUCCACGUGUUUUACUAAUGAAUGUUUUUGGUUUCAUGUUGAGCAACGUACUUGCAUUUGUGUCGUAGUUUUCUUUAUUUGGAUCGGCCAGGAGCCUUGGUCURACCCCAAUCUGCGAUGGCGAGCCGUCUUUCUUUGCACUCUCAGCUUUCGUCCAUCAUGGAGACGAUGGCCAAGUCCGUCCUGGCUCGGGUCUGCACAGUGGUUGAGGAGGACUCGGCUGAACUGAGGUCGGAGAUCUCCCGGCUGUUGUUUGCAAAUUCAGCACUGGCAGAGAAAGUGAACAGCCUCGAAUGUAAGCUGACGAUUGUAAGAAGAGAUUCCUCCAAGAUGAGUAAAAACCACCGAAGCAUAGGUGUUCAAACUGUGUGCUGCACAGAUGACGAGGAUGCUCCUGAUGUUUCUGCUCCUCCUACUAUAGAUGAGAUAUUUGGAAAAGACUGGUGCAUGACUCUAUGGAAAGACAGAGACAGUCUGCAGAAAUCCACAGGCUCACCACAACCCCCUGAGAAGUCWGUGGAGAUGCUCUGUGACCAGGUAACAGUUACUGAUGUCAAAGAGGAGGCAUAUAUGCAAGAUGCUACCACUUUCUCCCAGGAGAAAUCUCUCAGCACUAAAGAUGAUGAAGAGAGCAUGGCAGAGGGAUCAGAGCAGCUGUCAGUGGAUUACUCGAUGGACGGCAGCAGCACUUGUUUGUCAUUUGAUCAGGCUGGAAAGCAAAUGGUKUCAGCGGGAGGUGUUAAAAAAGCAACUGUUCAAAUGAUAUCUAUCAACGAURCAGAUGGGAUCUUCAGCAGUCAUAUUAUUCCGAUAGAAGUAGAGGAGGUGGAGGAUGAAGAGGACGAAGAGGAGGAGGAUUUUGAUGAUGAAGAAGAAGAUGAUGAUGAUGAUGAUGAUGAUGAUGAUGUCCAAUUUGUUCAAGCAAGCCAACAGGAAUCAGCAAAAAACUCUGCAGCUGGGCCCAGCCGUGACGAACAGCAGCUGUUAGCAUUAGACAAUCCUGAAAACCAUGCAGCCCUGGAUAAAACUUCACACGAUGACAUCAGUAAUGUACAAAGCAACAGAGCUUCAAAUGUAGGCACCUUUACAUGUCAAAUAUGUGACAGGUCGUUCUUUCACAAGGGCACUUUGACAAAGCACAUGAAGUCACACAAUUUAAACUUCUGCAGCAUUUGUAUGCAGCAUUUUUCACACAGAAACAAGCUAAACUCCCACAGCUGCGUGCCUCCUGUUCCCUCGCAGAGGAUCGCCAAGUCGUGUGAGCUGUGCGGAAAGACCUUUGCUAACCCGUCAGCUCUAAGGAUUCAUUAUGUCGUCCACACAGGAGAGAAACCCUACAGGUGCAGCCUGUGCGGGAAACGGUUCACCCAGAAAGGCAACCUAAAAUGUCACCUGCGUAUCCAUACUGGCGAGAGGCCUUUUCGCUGUGUUAAAUGUGGGAAGAACUUCACGCAAAAAGUCAACCUCAAUCAUCAUUUGAUGGCACACUUAAAUCGUGAGGUUGUUGGAGAGAGGCCAGACGGUCAGAAACAAGCUAAAAACAUUGCAGCAGAAUCCUGUCAGUGACUGGUUGUAGUAAAGGAUCAUUAGUUUCGAUUUAUUUAUUCUUUACAGUACACUGUUCCAGUUUUUACACUACAGUAAAAGUAGAUUUCAUGUUAGCAAUGUGUAGUAUCAAAUAAAAAAAUCUGGAGUACAAAAUAUUUUCGAAGUAAGUUUGUUUCAGUGUUGUCUGUUUAAUAAAACUGCCAUAAAUG